AUGUGUCCAGCAUAACGACUGUCUGACAUGCUUUACGGUUGUCGAAAAUACUUACACGUGUGUGCUGCCUGCUUAUCAACUGUACGGAAGAUACAUCUGCGUCUAUAAAACCUUAAAAUGGCCAAAAGUCUGCGAAGCAAAUGGAAGAGGAAGAUGCGUGCAGUGAAGAGAGCGAAGAACGCCCCGAAGGAACUGGCUCGGUUGAAGCAAGCCUUAGCCCACGGUGGCACAGGAGAGAUCUCCAUGAAUGACAUUCAGGACAUAGCUACAGUGGUGCCAGCUGCCAAGAUAAAAGAGAAGAAAGUGGAUGUAGACAUGGAGGGAGAGGAAGUCGAUGAUGGAAAGAUGGACAUGGACAGCAAGCGCAGUAAGACGACCCAAUUGGACGAGCACGGACAGUACCCAACAUGGAUGAGCCAACGACAGGCCAAGAAACUGAAAGGCAAACGCAUGACAAAGAAAUCAGGAGGAAAGGCCAACAAAAAAAAGAAGGGCAUUGCCUGGUAGCCUGGAGAAAAGGACUUCUGACUUGUGACACACACAUGAGCAUUGGAUACAUGAUCUUUGUGGACUUGAGUUGCCUGCCUUGUGUUCAAGUUAAAUGGUGAUAUGAGGCAAAGGAUCUAUAUUGUGCAACCCAUUGUCUGUAAGCUAAUUUUAAURUAUGAUAGAAAACAACAGAGUUGUGUUGUUGGGCACAAUACUGCAUUGACAUACUUCACUUGAAUGAAAGCCAUGUUUUCUUAUUGCUGUGGUAUACAGAAGAUGGUAGAUUCUUUACAUUUUACCCUAAUAAUGCUACCUGUUGUUGUUAGCUCCAUUCUUGUUUGAUUUGCUCCUCUUUCUGUAGCCUAGCCCAUCAAAGACAUUCAUUAUACAUGCAACAAMCUGUCCGUAUAAUCUUCUGGCUGUCACAGAGUAAAUAAAUGUGUUUCUGUA